UGAUUUGUAGAUACAAUUGUCAUAUGAAGUUGAACAUGGCAGAAGAAGAGGACUAUAUGUCUGAUUCCUUCAUUAAUGUCCAAGAAGAUAUCAGACCAGGAUUGCCAAUGCUGAGGCAAAUCCGAGAAGCCCGUCGAAAAGAAGAAAAGCAACAGAAAGCCAAUUUGAAAAAUAGGCAGAAGAGUUUAAAAGAAGAAGAACAAGAAAGACGUGACAUUGGGUUGAAGAAUGCACUAGGCUGUGAAAACAAAGGGUUUGCUUUGCUCCGAAAGAUGGGAUAUAAAAGUGGUCAGGCUCUUGGCAAGAGUGGAGAUGGUAUUGUUGAACCGAUUCCUCUCAAUGUCAAAACGGGGAAAAGUGGCAUUGGUCAUGAGGCAUUGUUAAAACGGAAAGCAGAGGAAAAAUUAGAAAGCUACAGAAGAAAGAUUCACAUGAAAAACCAAGCUGAAGAAAAAGUUGCAGAACAGUUUCGAAUGCGACUUAAAAAUAAGCAAGAUGAAAUGAAGAUAGAAGGAGAUCUUAAAAGAAGUCAGCGAGCCUGUCACCAAUUGGAUGUCCAGAAAAAUAUUCAGGUUCCCAGGGAGGCAUGGUACUGGUUGAAACUUGAAGAGGAAGCUGAAGAAGAAGAAGAAAAAGAACAGGAUGAGGAUGAAUAUAAGAGCGAAGAUUUAAGUGUACUGGAAAAAUUACAAAUACUGACUAGUUAUUUAAGAGAAGAACAUCUGUAUUGUAUUUGGUGUGGAACAGCCUACGAAGGUAAGAAGAUAAAGAAGACUUAUCUACAAAUUGCCCAGGACCAACUUCUGCAGAUCAUGACUAAGAUUAUUCCUAAUAAUAAAGUGAAAACUUGAAAAAUGUUAUUGCUUCCUAGAGAUAGAUAAUUCAGCAAUUAGAAUUCCCAAAUUUUUUAUGCCAGUAAAGGAAGACGGCCUUUAUAUAAUGUUUUAUUCUUUUUGUAUUUUACAUGUACUUUAUACUUUGGAACAUAAUUGUUCACUGAAAAAAGUAAUGGAAUGCUCUUUCAGAGCACAAGUAUCAUAAACAUGGGUAAUUAUAA